UCCAGCGAACAGAUCGGACGUAAGCGUUGAGGCGGCACUUUGUGAAUAAACAAAAAUAAAAUAAACAUAUUUUUAGUGGCUGAAAUUCAAGUAAUUUUAUACACUGACAUCACUUAGAAAUCAACAUCGAAAUGCGACUCCAUUUUAGCAUAGGGAUGCUGUUUUUGAUUUUACUAUUUGAGAUGAUGUCUGUCAAGAGAGUGGCCAGCUCUAAUGUAAUUGACAUAAUCAAACUAAUCGACGAGGUGCCGAGCAUCCUACUUAAGGCCUGGGAUCUUAUAGAAUAUCUGCCCUUGGGCAGCAGCAAUGAUAUACCGCUAAUGAAUGAAAAUCAACGUCAAAUAAUGAGCUCCAUUGAACAGGUCAACAAUCAGAUAAGUAAUUUCGAGGAAAAACAGGCGGAAUAUUUUACCAUGACAAUUGAGACGCUGAAACGUGAAUUUCACGCCGAGUCUGAGCUAACCCACAAGAUGACCUAUGUGGGCGAUAUAACCAGAAGCAUUCUACAACGCUAUCGGGAUAUGAUUGACUAUGAUAAAUACAAGGAGAAUGUGAAUCCCUAUACAUUGCGUAACUUUGCCGAGUGGACGGUUGAACCGGGACCCAGCUCUAUUGGCUACUUACUGGAGAUGCUGCAUACUUACAUUUACGGUGAAGCCGAAAAUAAUGCCACCCAAUCGCUGUUCGCUAAGCUGGUGUCCAGCUAUGAAUCAGACGUGGAGCAAUUAUGCGCCUCAAAUCGAUCACCACAGCAAUUCGCAUAUGAUAUGUACACGAAGGCAGUGCUAAUUGAGAUUAAGGGCUACAUCAUGCUGGAAUUCUCAUGGAUGGUCUUAAGUGACUUUGGAUUGGGUAAUUUUACCCAGGAGAUGUUGCUAAUGCGUAGCAAAUACCAGCAACGCAUGCAGCACUCUCAGCAGGUUCUACGGCAGGUGUUGACGUACACUGGACGCAUCUAUUGGCGCUGUGAUCCCAAGCCGCGAGAGCAUGUGCUAGGCAAGACAUACGACGAGAUCACACGCUUAAUGCAGGGCUACGUAGAGAAUGAGAUAAACCUUAAUACUGAGUCGAAUUGCUUCCAAUCCUGCGAGGAUUACCAGGACGUGCGCGUCACCGGUUGCCAGAAAGACAAAUUCUGUAAUGAUCAGCCAAAAUGUGCCGGACGCGUGCACAGCUGUCGCUUCAUUGACUCCGACUGUGACGUUUGCCAAUCCUACGAAAACAGUUCGCGUCGCUACGAGUUUAUACACUAUGACAAUGGUCGCUUGCUGAACAUUGAUGAAGACGGCAUCCAGAACUUGGUGUGCUCACGCGGCUCUAAUCGGGUGAAGUCCUGGCCGUUUUAUCUCGUCUGGCGUUGUGACUAUUGUUUCUGUCUGUGUGACGAGCCGGGACCGCAGUCCGAUCGCUUCUUUAGCUUGCGCGAUACACUCUCCGAUUUUCACCAGAAUAAGAUUGUCACUGGAGCGCGAUUUAUAAAGGAUCAACGUAUCUUCCAUUUGCAGUUGCAGCAAGGCGAACUGUUGCCAGGUGGUUUAAUUAAUCAGUCCUUACUGGAUUGGAUACCACUGGAGUCUUUUGAUGUCAACCACGUGGACAUACGGAACGGCUUUGACUAUCAUGAGCUCACCUUUGGGAGCCGUUCGCUGGAUUUGGAUGAGAUAACCGCGAAAAAUGACUCCCUUGUGGUUACGGGCGCCCGUUUUCGUGUCAUCGACAAGCAUCUCAAUUUGGAGGUGCGCUUUAGCCUUUUCAACUUUACCACAGGACGUCUACUGAAUCCGGAGGUAAACAGCUUUUGGCUGGGCAACAAUGCGGAUAAACCACGCCAGAAGCUCCUACUGAAGAACCCUAAUAAGCCGACCAAAACAACAGUUAAAUCUGUACCAUUAUCGAAAAAUAAUCAAUUUAUGGAAUUUAUAAGCAGCAGCAUGGACAUGGAUGCCGCACAGAGCACCGUACCCUUUAUCGAUAUACAGGACGUUGUGACCAAUCCAGCAAUGCCAAUUGCUGGCCUUGGCAUCUAUCAUAAGGGAAAUAAAGGUUUCGGUGGCUUCUUUGCGCCGAAGAUUGUUACAUUCAAUUUGUUGCAGAAGCUCAUGCAGCCACAAACUUAAUCGGAAAAUGUUAUUUUUCCUAAUUGUAUUAAUCGAUCACAUAUAAUUUGAUAAA